UGACGAUUGUGUCAGUCAGACGAUCGAUGGUGCCGCUGCUGAGCAGAAAAACGGACGAAAAGAUUUGUAAAUUGGCAUCACCAAGCGAAGUAACUCUUCAAUUAAACUCUUACGUCAGGAGGAAUAACCCUGUGCGAGGCCCUACACUCCGAGUGUGACUUGGAGCAGCAGCCAUGUCGGGCUCCUACGAUGACUCCAUGAUCGAUGUCUCCAGUGACAGCUUCUGGGAGGUUGGUAACUACAAGCGCUCAGUGAAACGGGUAGACGAUGGCAGCCGGCUCUGUAAUGAUCUGAUGACCUGCAUUCAUGAGCGAGCACGUAUUGAGAAGUCCUACGCACAGCAGCUCUCAGAAUGGGGAAAGCGCUGGCGCCAACUCAUAGACAAAGGCCCUCAGUAUGGUACGCUGGAGCGGGCGUGGUCUGCUCUGUGCACGGAGGCGGAGAAGGUGAGCGAGCUCCACAUGGAUGUGAAGUCAGCGCUGAUGGGAGAAGACUACGAGAAGCUGAAGAACUGGCAGAGAGACUCGUACCACAAACAGAUGAUCGGCGGCUUCAAAGAGACUAAAGAGGCGGACGACGGCUUCCGCAAGGCUCAGAAACCCUGGGGGAAGAAACUCAAAGAGAUGGAAACGAUGAAGAAGUCAUACCACUCUGCCUGUAAAGAAGAGAAGCUGGCAGCCAGCAGGGAGACAAACAGCAAACUGGAGAGCAACAACAACCCCGAAUCCCAAAAGAAGCUCCAGGAAAAGGUGGAGAAGUGUCAGCAGGAGGUGGAGAAGACUAAAGAACGUUAUGAGAAAUCCCUGGAAGAACUGGACAAGCUGACCCCUCAGUACAUGGAGAACAUGGAGCAGGUGUUUGAGCAGUGGCAGCAGUUUGAAGACAAACGGAUUCGCUUCUUCGGGGAGCAGCUGCUGGAGGUUAAACAGCACCUCGAUCUCUCAACCAAUCACAGAUUCCAGACAAUCUACCAGACGCUGGAAGACACGGUGACUGCUACUGACGUUGAAGAGGACCUGAAAUGGUUCCGGUCCAAUCACGGCCCCGGCAUGCCAAUGAACUGGCCCCAGUUUGAGAAUCUUGAUUGGUCCCAUCCUCGCUCCUUUAAGAGAAGGUCCAUUGUAGACUGGUCCAUAGAUCUAAACCGGACCCUCAGCAGACGGGAAAAGAAGAAGCCAUCAGAGGGCGUCACACUGACCGGCAUCAGUCAAACUGGAUCUGACCAGCCGGUUCAGCCUGCUAAAACCAGCAGCAGCCUGACUGUACCCAGUAGCACAGCACCAGUGGGUUCAAACCCCUUUGAUGAAGAUGACGGAGAGGAGGAGAAGGAGGAGGAGGAGGAGGAUGAGGAUGAGGAGGAGAUGGCCGUGGAGCAGCAGCAGACCAUAGUCAACCACAACAGUGUGAACAAAGAGGAAAUAAAAACCGCGAGCAGUAUGGAGAAGACUCAGGACUGGUCAGAUGAAGACACAGGUGGUAACCCUUUCUCUGCCAACGGUGACGGCAAUCCGUUUGAAGACGAGCCGGCUUCUCCUGUCGUCUCUGUCCUCGUCAAAGCUCUCUACGACUAUGAAGGACAGGAGCAGGACGAGCUGACCUUCAAAGCAGGGGACGAGUUCACCAAAAUCGGCGAAGAAGAUGAUCAGGGUUGGUGCAGAGGUCGGCUCAAGGAAGGAAAAACAGGCCUCUAUCCUGCUAACUAUGUGGAAGACAUCCAGUAAUGAUUUAUGACAAAUCAAUAAAUGUGAAUAAAAAGUAAGUGGUGUGUUGCGAGAUGAGUGCGGCUGGGAACGAGGAGGCUCUGCAUUAUUCGGACCCUUUUCUAAGUGUUGGCGAAGACUGGACCGGUGUUGGAGAAGGAAGGUGGAGAAGUUGCAGAUUAUGAAAGGACCAUUUGAAAAGUUAUUGCUCGCCACAGAUUGACAGUUAAAAGAUGGAAAUGUACCACAAGUUUCCAGAUGAUUUCAAGCUAAGAAGACCGCAGAGAAAAAAUGCAAAGACAUUACUUAGAAUCCCAUUUAUGCUGUUACAAAAAUAAUAGCCUUUCAAGUAUAUAUUAGAAGAGAUUAAAUGUAUGUGUGGAUUUAUAUAUUGUUUAAACGAAACACUGGGAGGACACAUCGUCUUGCAAUGUUACAUGCAGCCUUAAUAUGGAAGCCACUGAGGAUUCAUUGAGGAAGAUUACCCUUUUUAUAACCAUGAAGAUCUAUUUAGGUUUAAAACCAUGUUUGCCUUUUAGAAUCCAGUCCGUUAAUGUUAAGAUUUUCUUUUUAUGGACAAAGAAGGCCCUUGUGUUGAGAUUAUUAUGUGAGAUUUAACCUGAUUUUAAAUGAGUGCUUACCUGUCCUGCCAUUCCUUUCAGGGUUGUCUUUCCACUCAGUUCAUCAACUGUUCUGGUUAUUUUAUAAGGAAUUAUACAAAUCAGUGGAGCGUUAUCCUGAUAUUCUUUAUUUAGUUCACAAUGGGUCGGUUCCUCUAGGCACUGCAAUUGAAUGUAUAUUCACUGAUUGUAUUUCCUCACUUAUUUUCGCUGAUUACUUGUUUUUCCCAGCACUGACCCCCCCUGAACAAACUGUCCUCAAACCUUUCACACAAGUCUCUCUCUACCUUCUGUUGAUUGGAGAUUGCAAUACUAUAUGGGUUAUUUUACGCAACACUGAAGGUUUUUCACAAACGUUUAUCUCUCCUGAAUCUCUAUGUUUUCAUUGUCUCACUUCUUGUAUAACGUCAAGACAUGGGAGAAUAUUUGAGUGUUUUUUUGAAAAUACAUCACAAUUGAUAUAGCAAUAAAACCACAGCCAAGUGUGGCAUUGCAUACAUGCAUGUAAAUAGCCUGGAUGAAAGAUAUUAGAACAAAUUAAGCAGCAAUAUCAGAUGAUUUGUAGUUAGGAAUAGAUGAUUGUUAAUUUAUGAUGCCACAAGUGCUUUUGUUAUACUCUUGUUAGAAUGCUGUGACUGAGAAUCAGUUUGUAUAGUAAUUGAUCGCUUGGAUCUGUUAUUUUGAUAUAUUUGUAAAUAUUAUUAUCCCAUAACAGAUGGCCAUACUCAUUGAAUUAAUCAACGAAUAUGUGAAUACUUGUUAAUCUUUCCUUUGGAUCUAUGAUAUGAAUGGACCUGAUUUCUGUAGGCUUGCAUUUCUGCAAAAAUGAACUGCAGGUUUUUCUUUUGAGCAAGCUUCAAAUAAAUGAAAUGCCCAGUGCAUCCAUGAAAUCAUUAAACAAAAAGCUAUUUGAUGUCUCUACCUGCUACAUGAGAGGAAAAUUAAUUUGGUUGUGUUUGAUAAUAGUGAGAGAGGAGACCAUGUUUUCAGGGCAUGCUGUCAAAAAGGCAGCAACAGCUGUUCUUGCACAGUAAGGUUUGUAAAUGUUGUCCCACAACAUAAUAAAUGGAUUUAUUGGAUAAGCA